CUGUUUGUGUACGGCUCAAAGGAGGAAGCGAAAAUGCGGUAUUUCCGCUGCAGCAGCGAGAAGGGGCACGUCAAAAAAGAAAGAAAAAUGUGGACACACUGAGGCCACAGCGGGGACAUCAGGACACAUAUACCGUCUCCACUGGACUCUGCUGGCUGACAUUAGUCGUUAUUUAAAGUUCCCAGACGGGUAUUUGUCAGUUUGAGGGUCGAUCCGAGGUUAACUCGCCCCCCCCCGGUUGUGUGGUUCGCUUUGAGGAAGCAGGCUCGGCUUUAGCCCGCUAGCUCGCUUCGAUAGAGAUGGGGACGAGAGCAAGUCGCCUACAGGAAGACCCGGUUCCGUCCGCCUUUGGGAAAGAUGGCCCAAAGCGGGAUUCGUACCGGCGACCCCGCUGUGCCAGGCCCACCAGUCUCAUGGUGGACUUCUCGGGCAGCUUCGAGGACACGGAGGCCAACCGGAGCCGAUCGGAGGAAGGCAGCGACUCGGACCUGGGGCAGCAUGGGGCGAGCGCCGACGGCAGCCCCGCUGACCACCACCAUCACCACCACCACCACCACCACAACAACAGCGGCGGCAUCCCCUCCAGCAUUAGCCAAGCGUCACCCGCGGACGACAACAGCGAGGGGAAGCCGGAGGAAGACGGGAACUCAAGCCCAGAGUCCCCCGUCGUAGCUGAACACCAGCCCGGGGAGGAGACAGGCCGCACGCCCCACCGCACCUUUUCCGAGCGGCUGCCCGGGAAUCGGCACUCAUCCGCCCGCAGCGUCGGAGCGAGGUCCGCCCGGGUGCGGGGCACACACCAGCGGCCGGUGUCAGAGGCUUGGAUCGGCCUUUACCGUGUCAACAACCGCCAUGGCAAUAUCCGCUGUCCCUUCUGCUCGAAGCCCUUCCCGGGGGGUCGGAUCGAGGAUCACCUGUUGAGCUGCCUCACCUCUCCUCCCCUACCUUACAAUACGGAUGUGCUCAGUAAAGACAGCGGAGAAUGCUCCAUCUGUUUGGAGGAUCUGGUACAGGGAGAGACCAUCGCCAGGCUGGCUUGCCUCUGCGUAUACCAUAAGAGCUGCAUUGAUUCUUGGUCCAAGGUGAAACCCUGCUGCCCCGAGCAUCCCUUUGAUUGACUCACGGGUCACAUGUAUUCCACACAGUGACCAACCCGACUCAGGAGACUACACUGAAUCCCAAUAGAAACCCAAUGAAAACACGUGUAAUUGAACAAAAUCAAAGUCCCUCUCAGACGCUAACCCUAUAUUUGAGCGGAGAACAGACGAUCCUAAGAGGAAGCUCCGGUUGUAUCGACACCUGACGCUCUCCGCUGCUCGGAUCUAUUUGAACUCAGUCGAGGUCGUUUCAAGCCAACCGUAAAACAACAAAAAAGAAAAGAAAAAAAAAAACAGCUGAUCUGUGGGUCGGGAACCUUGAUGGAACAGAAGUGUGGAAGAGGAGGAGGUUCGGCCGCGGAACAUUUAAUAAAAAAAUAACGAUGGAACUCGCCCCAGAAAGAUCUCGAACUUUGGGAGGGACACACACACACAAAAAAAAGUUGUCCUAACUGUGACUUUGGAUCCUCUCCUGUGUAUUUUUUUUUGGUCAUUUUAUCAAGUAUUUUGCAGAAAGAGUAUUGUUCCAUGUCAUACAUUGGAUGAAUGUUUUCUUUCCUCGGCUAACCCCAAAUGAACCAAACCUCACACUGAAAGCGAACUGUUACCACAUUGCUUUAUUUUGACCCAGCUGGAGGUUGAGGGCUUUUUUUUUUUUUGGUGAAUGGGGGGCUGCCGUUAAACCUUUUUUUUUUUUCUAUUACCUGUAAACAUUUCAGGGGAAGUUUGGGGGCUAAUUGUUUAUCUGAGUAGGUCAGUUUUCUUGUAGGUGGUUAGUUAGUUAGCUCAGAGUUUAAUGUGCUGCUACUUGCUGAGUGUUUUAGGAAGGUUGUAGGUAUUUCAUAGGGCCAUAGUAGCGCUGGUGUUGGCACCAAUUUGAGCACUUUUGUCCUUCAAGGCUGAUUUUUUUUUAAUUUUAUUUUUCAUUUUUUUCCACAUACGGUCUUGGUUGUGUGUGUGUGUUUGUUUGGAGAUGAUGACCAAGGAUAGAAAAUGUCCUAAGCAUGACUGAAAGUGUGAAAGUGUGUGUGUGUGGUGUCGUGUGUGUUUACUGUAAAUUGCCCAAAGGUCUGCUUGGUCGAGCGGGUUACCCUUUUUUUUUCUUUUCAUUUUCUUCCUGUUACAUGUGGCAUUGGUACGCGACAUGGCGGCUCAAGUGGUCCAGCUGCACUUUGAAUGCGGUUUCGGGGGGUUGUGUCCCACCACACCCUCCUCCCUCCUCUUCUAUCUAUCCAUUCUCCAACACUCUCUGGGGUGUAGUCCGGAUUUUUUGGACCAGAACCCAAGGGGACAGUUUGGCCAUCUGGUUAUAUCGGUGCCAGAUCGAGGAGGGAUAAAGGAGGGAUGGGCGGAUUGAGGGAUGUAUUUUUGGGGGUGGUGUGUUUAUACCAUGUGGCAUCUGCCUCUCUUUCCAGAACUGGAGGCGAUGGACAGCUGAUGGUUAAUUAUUACAUAACUAAGCCCCCACCCAUUUCCCCUCUUUUUUUUAUUUUUAGGUUUCUAGAUAUUAUAUCAUUGCUAAAUAUGUUAAGUGUGUGUGUGUGUGUGUGUGUGUGGAUUGCCUUUGCCGGGUGAAGGGGUUCUUGUGCAAGCAGGUAUUUGUAGUUUUUUGGUUUUUUUUCUUUUUAGGGCUGAACUGAGGUGGAAGCACAACAGUGAGGCUGCUCAACAGAUGCUGUCUGGUGCGGAUUGUACACAGGCCAGUGGGGAACCGAACAAAAACAUGAAUCGAUUUGAUUUUUUUCUGUCCCAUGUGUUUUUUUUUUUAAUCUCUGUGCUCACAAGUGGUAAGUAUGGAUCAGGUUUUUUUUUUUAGAGGUCGGCCCAGUGCACAGGUUUCCUAGUUUUGUGUUCACCCCCCUCUCCUCCCCCUCUUCUUUUCUGGUCCAUGGUGUUAAAGAGUCUGAGGUGCUACGACUUGCCCCGCCACGAGAGGGCAGCCCCGUGCAUGCGUCUCAUGUUUUUUGUGUAGGUGAUCAGAAAAAAAUAAUGCCAAAAGUCUCUGUGUCUGUGUGCGCGAGAACGGACGAGCUGCAUUGAUCAUUAGAUGUUACAUUUUGUUGUGGUGAUGAAUUAUGAUGUUGUAUACUUUGACUGGGAGGGGUGUGUGUGUGUGUGUGUGUUUGUUUGUUUAGGGGUGGGAAGUGGGGGGCGGGUGGUGGUGGUGGUGGUGGUGGUUGGGUUGUCGAUUAAAGAUUUAGACAAUCUAAAAACCCCACAUUACUCUCAUUUGCUUUCUUACCCCCUCUAAGCUGUGUGGUGCAAUACCUCAAUUUUUACCAAUGCUAACUAAAUACUCUGUGUGUAAACUAGCUCCAAUCCAAGGACGGUGUUUUGUAUAAAUGUCCUUUUGUUUUUUGUUUUUUGAAUGGCAGGGCGCUGAUCCCGCUGUGCGCCCUGUGCUUUGAGGCCGAUGUAUUUAGAUGAGAAUGUUCUCUUUUCUUUUUUUUUUCUCCCCCCACCAUAACGGCAUCUGCAUCCCCAAGAUAUGGACAAUCUGCCUUUACUCUGGUAUAAAAACAAAUUGAAUUUUAUUUAUUAAAAUUGUAAAUAUGUAAUGCAAUUCAAGAAAAAUGGCUUGGUCUUUGUCUGUUCAAUAUACUGUUUCUAAGCUCCAAUCUUUUGUAUGUCUCAGAAAUUGUUUUUAUAUGUAUUUUUUACAAUAAAUAUGUGUGAGAGA